AAACAGGUUACUGUGAGUUAAAUUAAACUACUUGUGCGUGUUUGUCAGGAAAAUGUUUUCUUGGCUAGAAAGAAAUUCCCGUAAAUUAUAAUCGAAUUUUAUCAGUUCGUACGGCGUGUGUGAUUAAGCUGUGAUUCAAAUAGCUAAUACUUUUCGUCUACGUCCCUCAUUGCCAACUUCUCGAAAAAUGUUUACGCUCUGGUACACCAUCCUGGGUUAUAAGGAAUACAAAGCGAAGAAUCAAAGAUGUUUAACUUGCAAAAGGGACGGUAAAGAAUCUAGUGGAAAUUCGUCGAAUAUUGUAAAAAAUACCAGUCCUCAAACUCCAAAAUCUUCUCCUUUGAAAGUUCCUACUUCAUUGCCUCCACCACCACCACCACCUCCUCUAAAUAAAUCCCCGAUUGGAUUACAACGUCCUAGUCACACACACAUACCCCAACCCGCUCCAAUAAGAAAACCUGCAAGAUCCCCCUCUCCACACCCAAUUAGAAGUGAAGCUAUAGACAUGCCAUCUGAAGAAGAGAGCGACGAAGGAAGUAGUGAAGAAGAAGAAGAAGAGGAAGACGAUGAAGAAGAAGAAGAGGACUACGAUGAUGAUAUAAAUGAACAUUCAGUAAUUGAUUCUUCCGCACUUAAAACUAAAAAACUUCUUCAAGAUACUAUAACGAACGAUCCACGAAAUUCUGUCAAAGAUUUUAUUAGCAUAGAAAAAAAUUCUCCACAUAAUCAAAGGAAAUCUAACGAAAUGGUUGACGCUGCAGUCUUGGAUAAAUUGGAAAGCGGCUUCAAGAAGCUCGAAGCAUCCGAUUCUAAAUCACUUCUCAAGAAAUAUUUGACCAGAGAAGUGUUUGAUAAGCUGAAAACCAAAAAGACAUCUUUUGGUUCUACUCUUUUAGAUGUGAUUCAAUCAGGUCUUGAGAAUCAUGAUUCUGGUAUUGGUAUAUACGCUCCCGAUGCUGAAGCUUACACAGUUUUCGCCGAUCUAUUCGAUCCUAUUAUCGAAGACUAUCACGGUGGUUUCAAGAAGACUGAUAAACAUCCUCCCAAGAAUUGGGGAGAUGUUAGUGUCUUUGGCAACCUAGACCCUGCCGGAGAAUUCGUUGUUUCCACCCGUGUUCGUUGUGGUCGCUCUCUUGAGGGAUACCCCUUCAACCCUUGUCUAACCGAGGAACAGUACAAGGAGAUGGAACAGAAAGUUUCCUCCACACUUUCUGGUCUGGAAGGCGAACUUAAAGGCACCUUUUAUCCUUUAACUGGAAUGAGUAAAGAAGUUCAGCAGAAAUUGAUUGAUGAUCACUUCUUGUUCAAGGAAGGUGACCGUUUCUUACAAGCUGCCAAUGCCUGUCGUUUCUGGCCCACUGGACGUGGUAUAUUCCACAAUGAUAACAAAACUUUCUUGGUCUGGGUAAAUGAAGAAGACCAUCUUCGUAUUAUUUCAAUGCAAAUGGGUGGAGAUUUAGGACAGGUGUAUCGCCGUUUGGUUACUGCAGUAAAUGACAUCGAAAAACGUUUACCAUUUUCUCACCACGACCGUUUAGGUUUCCUUACUUUUUGCCCAACUAACUUGGGAACAACUGUACGUGCUUCUGUACAUAUUAAAGUCCCUAAACUUGCUUCUAAUAAAGCCAAGUUAGAUGAAGUGGCAUCUAAAUUCAAUCUACAAGUUCGUGGAACACGUGGUGAGCAUACAGAAGCCGAGGGUGGUAUAUACGACAUUUCCAACAAACGUCGUAUGGGUCUUACUGAGUUCGAUGCUGUCAAGGAAAUGUACGAUGGUAUUGCUGAACUCAUCAAAAUUGAGAAGGAAUUGUAAACCACUGCACUUUAUAAUGUGAUUAUUACCACAAGCAAUGACAUAGUAUUUUUAAAAUUCAAUUCAAUUCAAUUUGCUAAUGAAUCAGUGAUGCUUAUGUUGCAAUGGUAAUAUAAGGUGUCUGGACUUAGUGUACUCAGCUUCUAGUCGGUUAAUAUUCAAACUGACAGAUCAGUAAGUAACUAAUGUAUUGGAUGAACCUCAUUUGUUCAAUACAUAUGUAAAAAAUGUAAGUAUUAAAUCACAAACGUAAAAUUUGUUACAUGCAAAAUUUAAGUAAUAAAAGCGUCCAAUAAAACAUC